GAUUAUUCCCAAGUUGCAGACCAUUCACCCAACAUACUAGAUUUCAAAUCUUGGCAUUAUUUAUAGGACCUUAACCUACAUAUAGAAGUGUGUGUUAAGGUGUCUAAUUCUCAUUUCUUCUUCUACUUAUAUAAGUGUGUAAAAGUAUUUGGUUUUUGCUUUGUCUAGUAAAAUUUCAAUGGCCGGGGAGAAGGAGCAAAAUACACCGUGUCUUGAAGCCCAACAAACAAGGCCAUCUGUGAAGACAACAUGGCCAGAACUCGUGGGGAUGAAAGCUGAAGAUGCAGAAAAGAAGAUAAAGGAAGAGAUGUCGGGUGCUAUGGUCCAUGUAGUUCCUCAAGAUACUUUUCUUACAAUGGAAUUCAGAUCAAAUCGAGUCAGGUUAUUCGUUGAUUCUUCUCAAAAUGUUGUCAGGGCACCAAGAAUAGGCUAAAUCUCAUGGUCAGCCUCAUCAACUCAAGAUUGAACUGUGCUGAUCCAAUGGCUUUAUUCAUAUAUACUAUGUACACUCGACACUAGCUUUCAUGUAUCUCCUACCCGUGUUUAUUUGAAUCUAUGUUUGAAUUAAUGUAA